AUGCACGUCGCCAACUUGUCUAUUGUCACUCCCGCCCAGGGUGCCAUAUCUUGGGAGACCAUGUUUCUGGAUGCCCCUCUCAAGGGAUCCAGCAUCUAUGUGGGAGACCCCAAGCCAGAGAUCGACGAUGCCUGGGGCGACCUCGUGCGGUACGCAAACACCCGAGUCCAGGCGGAAGAUCUUGAACGCAUCAAUCGCACAUCAGUUCCCCUGAACGACGCCGAGGGCGGUUUUCUUGUCAACCUCAACGUCUUCCAUCACCUUCACUGCUUGAACAAAAUUCGCAAGCAGCUCUACAAUGACUACUAUCAGGACUGGCAUAGCCCUUCGGCGCAACUAGAACAUGUCAAUCAUUGCAUCGAAUACCUCCGUCAGGUAGUCAUGUGUAAUGCCGAUAUUACCAUGCAGACCUUUGAUUGGAUCGACGACUACCGGCGCCCAUGGCCGAACUUCAAGAUCCAACAUGAAUGCAAAAAUUGGGAUGCUUUGACGGACUGGGCGAAAGAGCACAGUGUGCCGAGUCUCAUAGGGCCCAUUAUCACGCACCCCGUCCUAGGAGUUUCGUGGAGAGAGGAUGACAUUCACUAA